AAUUUCCACUCCCGAAAAAGAAAACUACCAAAUUCAAAGUCUCGUUUUCCUUCCCUUUUCGAAGUUGACGGUUAAGAACAUGGCACCCAAAACUACUCGCACGGCAUUCAUCGCUGCGGCGGCGGCGGUGGUUAUGAUCGUUCUGUUGGCGACGGCGACUCGUUCCGCCGGUAACGACGAUCUUCAUGGUCAAGAGCGUUUUAAUAUCAAAGUGGAGACAAAAAAUCCUGCCGUUGAGGAGGACAAAGAUCAGAGUUCGGAGUCGUGGACGGAGUGGGCGAAGGACAAACUCUCCGAGGGCCUCCGGCUGAAGUCCACACAAGACGCCGCGAAGAGCGGCAAGGACAAGAUCGCCGACUCGGCCUCCGGAACAGGACAGUACGUAGCAGACAAAACAGAGGAGGGUAAGAGGGAGGCCGGAGAAGUUAAAGACAAAAUCGCCGACUCUGCUUCCGGAACAGGACAGUACGUAGGAGAUAAAACAGAGGAGGGUAAGAGGGCGGCCGGAGAAGUUAAAGACAGAAUCGCCGACUCUGCUUCCGGAACAGGACACUACAUAGCAGACAAAACAGAGGAGAAUAAGCGGGCGGCUAGCGAAAAAACAAGAGAAGCUGAAGGCAUGGCGUCCGACUUGUCGGGGAAGACAAGUCAGAAAGCUUCGGAGGUGGCCGGAAAAGCUUAUGAGAUGACAAAAGACACUGCGUCCAAAACAGCCGACCAAGCCUACAAGAAAACAGGGGACGCUAAGGAUUGGGUGUACGAAACCGCGAAAGACACCGGAGCAAAGGCAUCGGAGACUGCGGGGAAAGCAUCGGAGUCGGCGGAACAGGGGAGGCAGAUGGCGGCGGAGAAGGCCAGAGAAGCGAAAGAGAGGGCCGAACAAGCAGGGGAGCAGGGGAAGGAGAACUUGGGCUGGGCGGCGGAGAAAGCGAAGGAAGGGUAUGAAGCGGCGAAGAACAAAGCCGGGGAAGCGUUGGAGACAGCUAAAGAUAAAAUAGCUUCGAAUCUCGGGAACGCUAAGGAAAAAGCGCGGGAUGUGAAGGAUAACGUCGUUUGUAGCGACAAAGCCGUUGGAAAAAACGCUAACUCAAAACUUCGCGAUGAGGAGCUGUAGAUUUAUCAUAUGUAUGCACUAUGUCCAGCAGCUUUCUUAAGUUGUGCUUGAAAUGAAACCCGUUUGGAUAUUUUGUUUUCUUUAAUAUAUAAUCCGUAGAUAUAUUUUGUUUUGUGUA